AUGUCCUUCCCAUACAAGCACAUCCUCCUCAUCGGCGCCACCUCAGGCAUCGGCCUCGCAAUGGCCGACCGAUUCGUCGAAACCGGCGUGAAGGUGACCGCCGUCGGUCGCCGCCAGGACCGCCUCGACGCCUUCGUACAGAAGCACGGCUCUGCGGCCGCAGACGCCGUCGCCUUCGACAUUAGCAAGGUCGAUGAGAUCCCGCAGUUCGUCGCGGAUGUCACGACCAAGUCGCCCGAUAUCGACUGCGUCUUUCUCAACGCCGGUGUGCAGCGGAUGACCGACCUGACCAGCCAGGACAAGUGGGACGAGAAGACCUUCGACGAGGUCAUGCAUGUGAACUUUACCUGCAUCGUUGCGUUGACGCGCGCGUUUCUGCCGUUCCUGCAGGCGCAGAAAGGGCCGACGAGCUUUAUCUUUACCGGGUCGAAUCUGGCCAUCAUCCCCGCGGCGGUGGCGCCGGCGUAUAGUGCGUCCAAGGCUGCGCUGAACGCUUUUGUCCUCUGUCUUCGGGAGCAGCUGCGAGAGUCCAAGCCCAAGAUCAUCGAGCUGUCUCCGCCUGCUGUGCAGACUGAACUGCAUGACUACUUGGGCGUGGAGGUCGGACGCAACCUCGGUAUGCCGCUGGACCAGUUUGUCACGGAGGCCUUCCAGGGGCUCCAGUCCGGCCUGGACCAGGUGAUUGUCGGUACCAUCGGUCCGGCAGAGCCUUUCCAUGACAUUGUGAACAAGCGCCGGACGCUCUUUGAGAACCUGGCAAAGAUGAUGCGGCAUUAG